UUCCCACCUCUGUGGCCGGGCGCAUGCGCGGUCGGCCAGGCCCUGCUCUCCCUGCCUGAGCAGGUGCAGGGAUGGGCCCCGCCAUGGAGCGGAGGCAGCGGGGAUGCCGUGGAGCCCCUGCCUGGGGGUGCCGCCGCCUGCUCCUCCUCCUCCUCCUCCGCGCCCCCCUGCUCUGCGCUUCUGGGGACACCAGCGUCGGCCCGGUAGGGACAGGGAGCGGCGAGCCGCCUGCCUGGAGCUGGUUAAAAACCUAUGGUUAUCUGCUCCCUUCUGACACCCGAAUGUCUGCUCUGCACUCAGGAAAAGUUAUGCAGUCUGCAGUCACCACUAUGCAGCAGUUUUAUGGCAUCCCUGUGACAGGAGUGUUGGACCCAACGACUAUUGAGUGGAUGAAGAAGCCUCGCUGUGGUGUUCCUGAUCAUCCCCACCUAAGCCAUAGACGAAGGAGCAAGCGAUAUGCACUAACUGGGCAAAAGUGGAGGCAGAAGCAUAUCACAUACAGUGUUCACAACUACACCCCCAAGGUUGGAGAGCUUGAUACAAGGAAAGCCAUCCGGCAAGCAUUUGAUGUUUGGCAGAGGGUGACUCCGCUCACCUUUGAAGAAGUUCCUUACCAUGAAAUUAAAAGUGACAGAAAAGAGGCAGAUAUUAUGAUAUUUUUUGCUUCUGGUUUCCAUGGUGACAGCUCCCCUUUUGAUGGGGAGGGUGGAUUCCUAGCCCAUGCCUAUUUUCCUGGACCAGGGAUAGGAGGCGAUACUCAUUUUGAUUCAGAUGAACCAUGGACAUUGGGAAAUUCUAACCACGAUGGAAAUGACCUCUUUCUCGUUGCGGUGCAUGAACUGGGCCAUGCCUUAGGUCUUGAGCACUCCAAUGACCCCAGCGCCAUCAUGGCUCCUUUUUAUCAAUAUAUGGAAACGCACAACUUUAAGUUACCACAGGAUGACCUUCAAGGAAUCCAGAAGAUCUAUGGCCCACCUGCUGAGCCACUAGAACCCACUAGACCUUUACCAACCCUUCCUGUCCGUAGAAUCCAUUCUACUUCAGAAAGAAAGCACGACAGACAUUCGAGACCUCCCAGACCUCCUCUAGGAGACAGGCCUUCUACCCCAGGCAGUAAACCAAACAUUUGUGAUGGGAACUUCAAUACUGUGGCUCUCUUCAGAGGAGAAAUGUUUGUUUUUAAGGACCGCUGGUUUUGGCGUCUCCGUAACAACCGAGUGCAAGAAGGCUACCCCAUGCAGAUCGAACAGUUCUGGAAAGGGCUCCCUGCAAAAAUUGAUGCUGCCUAUGAAAGAUCUGAUGGAAAAUUUGUUUUCUUUAAAGGCGAUAAAUACUGGGUUUUCAAGGAGGUGACUGCAGAGCCAGGGUACCCACACAACCUAGUGGAACUGGGCAGCUGUCUUCCCCGGGAAGGGAUCGACACAGCUUUAAGGUGGGAGCCUGUAGGCAAAACCUAUUUCUUCAAAGGAGACCGAUAUUGGAGGUAUAAUGAAGACAAGAGAGCAACAGAUCCCGGCUACCCCAAACCCAUCACUGUGUGGAAAGGAAUCCCACAAGCCCCGCAAGGAGCUUUUGUCAGUAAAGAAGGCUUUUAUACCUACUUUUAUAAAGGUAAGGAAUACUGGAAGUUUGAUAACCAGAGGCUGACUGUGGAGCCGGGAUACCCCAGGUCAAUCCUCAAAGACUGGAUGGGCUGCAACCAAAAGGAGGUUGAACGGAGCAAAGACCGGCGGCUCUCUCACGAAGACGUGGACAUUAUGGUGACUAUAAACGAUGUGCCUAGCACUGUCAAUGCAAUUGCAGUCGUGAUCCCCUGCAUUUUAUCUCUGUGUAUCCUUGUCCUGGUAUACACAAUCUUCCAGUUCAAGAACAAAGAGGUCCAGCAAAGCGUGACCUAUUACAGACGACCCGUACAAGAGUGGGUAUGACAGGCUCACCAGCUCGUUGGGGCUGACAAGACGGGAGAAGACGGUGACGACUAUUGAGGAUGGUGGCAACAGGCUGCAGACAUUUUGAAAAAAGGGGGAGAUUGAAGGAUAGCCUGCCAAACAAACAUACAUAACUCUUCAAGAGACUUAGAUGAGUCAGAGAGAAUUCUGGGACUGAAAGAACAGGAACAAAAUUCAAUUAAACCCAGGUGGCCUUGCACGGUGGAGCCGCUUUCCUUCUGACUGACUGCCUCAGUGCCGUGUAUGUCUCGGUGUGACAUUUUUCACCAACCCACUCAGUGAGUGUCAGAGACCUCAAGAGGAGUUUGCUUCAACCUUUUUUCAACUCACCCGAGCAAUCUUCUUCAGUGCCCUCUUUCAAACCCAGCAUUUGCCAGUGUAGCCAAACACCUCUCAACAAGUUGUUUUUUUCUACACUUGUCUCAUCAAAAAGAGAGAUAAUACUGUGGGACACAAAAGGAACACUUCAGGACCUUCUGAAGAAGACAUUCUGAGGCUGAGUCAUUCUGAAAUAUUUUAAUUUAUUACAGGAACCAGGCAAUUACCUGGAUACUGUUUUUUUUCCAAUACCUGCUGGUCAGAUGUUUUGUACAUUCAUGGUAAUUAGCUGAUGUUCCCACUCUGCAAUGGCAGACACACAUAAAGAGCUCUUAGGAGAUAAUUCUGUGUAGACCACGACUUCAAACAGCUCUAAAGCCAGAUCAAAUCACAACAGCAACCAGGAACCGAAAUUUGUGAAUACAACCAGUCUGCAAGACUAAGCAAUUGGGUUUGAACACUAACAUGAAUGCAGCCCUUAAAACUCUUUGUUUUUAAGAACCUGUCAUGUACUAAAUAUUUAAAUGUCAUAUUACCACUAUUUUAAGUUGGCAACAAUAAAUUAAUUGUUACCAUUAUAAGAUUAAA